AUGACGACCCAAGAAGCUACCCGCGAGCACUCGAAGCACUCAAAACACUCGAAGCUGAACGCCAUCUCGAAAUCGAGGAGCCGAAAAGGCGGCAAAACCGUCACCGAGAAGACGAUGGUGUCCAAGCGGAAGCCUCGUGCCCGCCUCGGCAACAAGCUCGACCUGCUCGCCGAGCAGGAACGCUUCAUCGACGACAUGACGACGACGGUGGCC